UCAUAUUUUCACUUCCUUUCAGAGAGCUCAAUUUGAUAAAGGGCUUAAAACUUAGUCUUUUAGAUCUUCUUCAUGUAUUUUUCUCUGAAACAAUAAAUAAAUUAUUCAGUGAUGAGAAUAAUAUAAUUAAUUUUUGAUGGUCUGGAUGAGUGUCGGCUGUCUCUGGAUUUUCAGAGCAAUGUGAGGUUGUGUGAUGUCAAUGAAUCAGCCUCAUUGGAUGUGCUGCUUACAAACCUCAUCAAAGGGAAUCUGCUUCCCUCUGCUCUCAUCUGGAUCACCUCCAGACCUGCAGCAGCUGAUCAUCCCCUCUGAGUGUGUUGAUCGAGUGACAGAGGUAGGAGGAUUCAAUGAUCCACAGAAGGAGGAAUACUUCAGGAAGAGAAUCAGUGAUCAGAGACUGGCCAAUAGAAUCAUCACACACCUGAAGUCAUCAAGGAGCCUCUACAUCAUGUGUCACAUCCCACUGUUCUGCUGGAUUUCAGCCACUGUUCUAGAGAGAAUGAUGGGUGAAGAAGAGAGUCGAGAGAUCCCCAAGACUCUGACUCAAAUGUACACACAUUUCCUGAUCAUCCAGACAAACAUCAAACAUGAGAAGGACUAUGAGAAGAAAGAGACAGAUGAAGACAUGAUUGUCAAACUGGGGGAACUGGCUUUUCAGCAGCUUGUGAAAGGCAAUCUGAUCUUCUACGAGGAAGACCUGAGAGAUUGUGACAUUGAUGUGACAGAAGCAUCAGUGUGCUCAGGAUUGUGCACUCAGAUCUUCAGAGAGGAGUUUGGGCUGUACCAGGGAAAAGUGUAUUGCUUUGUUCAUCUGAGCAUUCAGGAACAUCUAGCAGCUCUAUAUGCACAUCUCUCCCUUACAAACAAUAACAUAAAUGUGUUUGACCAGAUUACAAAACAAAGACUUUUUGCAAAUGUUUUGAACUUGAUGAAACAUAAAUCAUCAAAACGUGUUUCCUUAUCCGAGCUGCACCAGAGAGCUGUGGAUGAAGCGUUGCAAAGUAAGAAUGGACACCUUGAUCUUUUCCUUCGUUUUCUUCUGGGUCUCUCAUUGGAGUCUAAUCAGACUCUUUUACAAAAUUUAAUGACACAGACAGGAAGUGGCUCCUACAACAAUGAGAAAACAGUUCAGAACAUUAAACAGAAGAUCAGGAAGAAUUGCUCUCCAGAGAAAUCCAUCAAUCUGUUUCACUGUCUGAAUGAACUGGGUGAUCAUUCGCUAAUGCAGGAGAUCCAACAUUACCUGAAAUCUGGAAUAAUAAAAGAAACCAAGCUCUCCUCAUCACAGUGGUCAGCUUUAGUUUUUGUGUUGCUGACCUCAGAAGAGAAGAUGGAUGUGUUUAGUCUGAUUGAAUUUGUUGGAGCAGGAAACAAAUCAGAUGAAGUUCUUCUGAAGCUGCUGCCUGUGAUUAAAGAAUCCAGAUCAGUUCAGUUGAGUUAUUGUGGUGUCACAGAUGACGUUUGUGCUGCUCUGGCUUUAGCUCUAAGAUCAAACCCCUCACACCUGAGACUACUGGAUCUGUCUGAGAAUAAACUAGGAGACUCAGGAGUGAAGCUGCUCUUUGCUGGACUAAACAUUCCUCCUUGGAAGCUGGAGAUACUGUGUUUAAGGUAUUGUGGUGUUACAAAUGAAGGUUGUGAUGCUCUGGCUUCAGCUCUGAGAUCAAACCCCUCACACCUGAGAGAACUGGAUCUGUCUGGGAAUGAGCUAGGAGACUUGGGUGUGACGCUGCUCUCUACUGGACUGGAGAAUCCUCACUGUAAACUGGAGAUACUGAGGUUAAGGUAUUGUGGUGUCACAGAUGAAGGUUGUCCUGCUCUGGCUUCAGCUCUAUCAAACCCCUCACACCUGAGAGAACUGGAUCUGUCUGGGAAUAAACUAGGAGACCCAGGAGUGAAGCUGCUCUCUGCUGGACUGGAGAAUCCUCACUGUAUACUGGAGAUACUGAGCAGGUGGCCGAAUCCAGAAGUUGCUCCCAUCAAUUGCACCAGUGACAUUCUUGAAUGUGUUGUUCCCAGUCAGAUGAGCAAAGCCUGCUCCUACCUCCUCUGGCCAGGAAAGAUAACUAUUUGCUUCUCCUCUAGAUAUCUCUCUCUCAGCGUUUCCUGCACUGCUGUUUAGCAACAAUGUGCUGAUCAGGGGUGCAUUAAUCCACGGGCUUAAGUGGUCUGCAGCCUAUGGGCCCACAACUCCCAGGCGGUCCGACAUCCUUCUUCCCAGUUGCCGUUUGCGAGCGGAGCACUUGCGAGUGGAGCGCAUCUAACGUGUACGGCGGGAGAAGAGGAUGUAAACAUGGAGAUGGUGUGCAACAGCUAAAUCCAUCCAUGUAGCACAUGUUGACAGAGUACAACUUUUCCUCGGCUCUGUAGCCAGCACUUGUGUGUGUGUUCCAAGAGUGCUCACAAUGUGGAUUCUAAAGAAUGCUAAAAAACACUAAAAUUCUGUCAAAAUACCCAUCUAGUGAUUUAGAGAGGUAUGAAUGUAUGUUGUUUUUUCUAAAGUAAAUGUCAACGGUGGGAAAAAAGGCUGAGUUGUAACAAAAUAUUUAAAUUAUAAAUGUGCAAUUUCAGCUCUGUCACUGUUUAGCAUGUCAUUAGAAAUAAUCAAACAACAAUAACAAGAAAACGAGAAAACCUUUCACUGCUCUUAGCUGGGUUAUUUUAGUAGCUUUAAAAUGACUCAUGUAUUAUAAUCUUACAGUGAAGACCACCAGUAAUAAGUAGAAUCUUGAAUCUUCUUAUAUAUAUACUCUACUGUGUGAAAGUUUUAGGCACUUUGAGAAAAUGUUGCAUAGUGAGGAUGUCUUCAAAAAUAAUGCCAUGAAUAGUUUUAAUUUAUCAAUUAACCUCAUACAAAGUCCAGUCAAAUAAACCAAAGUCAAUAUUUGGUGUGACCACCUUUGCCUUGAAAACAGCACCAAUUCUCCUAAUUACACCUGGACACAGUUUUUCUUGGUUGUUGGCAGAUAGGAUGUUCCAAGCUUCUUGGAGAAUUUGCCACAGUUGUUCUAUUUAGGCUGUCUCAAUUGCUCAAUUCAAUAUAUAUAUAUAUAUUACGCUAUAUGGCCAAAAGUACUCCAUUAACUCCAGUAAAGAAAACUCUUAAUGUUUCUUUAUGUAAUGGCUUGGGCUUUGUGUGCUUCCAAAUUUGUGGCAACUGUUUGGGAUAGCCCUUUUCUGCUCCAGCAUGACAAUGCCCCUGUGAACAAAGUGAGGUCCAUAAAGAAAUGGUUUACUGUGUCUGGCGUGGAAGAAAUUGACUGGCCUGCACAAAGCCCAGACCUGAACCCCACUGAUCACUUUUGGGGUGAACUGGAAUAGCAACUGUAAGUCAGGCCCCAUCGACCAACAUCAGUUCCUGACCUCACUGAUAGCCUUGUGUCUGAAUGAGAGCAAAUCCCUGCAGCCAUGUUACUACAUACAGUAUAGUGGAAAGCCUUCCCAAAAGAGUGGAAGAUGUUAUUACAGCAAAGGGGGAAUUGAUGCCUAAGGUUUUGAAAUCAAAUGUUCAUCAAGCACAUAUGGUGUCCACAAACUUUUGGUCAUUGUGUGUGUGUGUGUGUGUACAAUCUGAGGGGGCAGUCUACAGGUCUCCCCCCGUUGCUCAGAAUCCUGUAGGAAACACUGCAUUCUUAUUUAUUUUUGCCAUGCUUUGCUGCUCAUACAGCUUUAGAAACAUCUCUCCAAUUAGUAGUGCUGAAUUUUCAGUGUCUAUUUAAUCAAUAUUAAUCGUAUCGAGAAUUGAAUUGGAUUGAAUCGAAUCAAGAUCUUGUGAAUCGAAUCGGGGCAUCUGUGCUGAUACCCAGCCCUUUGCAAAUGUUUCUGUUGUGACAUGAUAAGAUGCCCCACAUGCCAGCCAAUACAGGAAAACAAGGACCUUGUUGCUUCAGCUGUAAUCUUUUUUUAUGGGCAGUACUCAAACCAACAAUUUAAUAGUCAAACCUGCUGAGCCUGAAGGAUAGUACCGUGUCCAUGUUGUCCCCAUAAAAAUAAACUCUUUAGAUAUUUGCUGUUGACCACUGCUUUUUAGGACCACCCACCACUGGUGCCAGAACCAGUUUUGAAGGGGGAGCGCGAACUGGGCUGGUUGUGACGUCAUCACAACAACAUCCUGCAGACGUAAAUGGCCAGUUUAUACCAGACCAGCUUCCAAGAUUGUCAACAUCACAGUGACUAACUAGUUAUUUAUCUAAAUAUUAGUCAAAACUGUCUCCAUGCAUGGUUCUAAUGUUGACAUAAUCGAACUAAAGUGGUUCAAAUCCGUUUCCGCGCCAUCACAGAGAGAGAAUGUCUAUACAAUAUUUAUUAUGUUCACAGUUCACACAUACCUUUGAUGAGGCAGCUGUCUUUGGUUUCGGAUACUACUGAAACACUGUACUGGUUCAACUGCAUGUUCUUUGCUCCUCUA